AUGCUAUCUUCAUCUAAUGUAGAAAGGCUAAUUGCAGAGAAAAGGCGUGAGAUAGAGAGGGAGAAAACUGUGCUGGGAUUGUGGCCGGCGGAACACGAUCUCCAAAGAAAUGUCAAAGAAGAUGCAGUAUCAACAGUCAAUGGCAAGAAACAAGUGAACUUUGAAGAAGACAAGGUCCUGCGUCAUAGCCAUGACUCCUCAAAGGAUGAGGAAGAAAGUGUACUAUCAGAGACAACACAUGAAGAACUUGAUGACAGCAUACCACCAGCAUUAGAGAGAUAUAUCAGGCGCUACGUAGGUCUGCCAGUGAUGCUGAAGGCGGGCGAGUACUCCCCCAACAACCCGCUGGUGCGGGGCGAGCGCGCGGCGGGGGACGCGCUGCUCGGACUCGGCGAGUACGAGCGACGGAGGAACACGCUGCGGAAGAUUCGACAGCAACAGUACAGGGAGUAUCUUGAUCAGCAAGCCAAAAAGAAACAAGAAGCCAAGGAACAAGCAGAGAGGGAGCGUCGCGAGAGAGAGCAGAAGGAGAGAGAGCGAGAGGAGAGGGAGAGGGAGCUACUGCAGGAGCGAGAGAGAUAUAGCGCCGAGCGACGACGGAGUGUGCAGUGUAUACCGGACUCGACCGUGUAUAAUAAUAAUAAAGUGGACAUGGGCGUGCAGGUGGACGGGUUCACGUGUCCGCUCUCCGUCGCCGUACAAACUGAUGACAACGAGAUGUUCCGGUUGCCAGGCUCCGGUAAGUCCCAGCUAACUGAAGCAGAGCGCGAGCUGUCCCCGCGCACUGCCGGCCCGCAUACUGGCUGGAUACACGAGAGACGGCGGAGCUAUGGGGACUAUGACGAGCGUACAUCGUCGCUAGUGAAGCAGUGUACACGCGACAAGUUGCAGUCGGAGCCGCGGUACUCGCGCUCUAUAUUCGACGCCGACGCCAUACAACUGCGCAAUAUGCAGGCUGAGAAGGAAGCAGCUGAACGUCGUCAGUUCUACCAACAGGAACUGAAGAACCAAAUUCUAGAACAACAGAGAAUUAGAGAGGAGAGGAAGACGAGGGAGAAGAUGCUAGAACAAGCGGAGAUGCGUCGUCUGGAGGAACAACUAAGAAUGCUCCGCGUGGCACAGGACCGGGAACUGAACAAGCAACACGAUAUCACUGCCGCCAUGAAAGAAAACGCGACAGAAUACCACAGUAAGCGCACAGAACUACAAAGAGACAUCGACAUCGAACAGCGCAACCUCCGCGUCGCGCAGCCACGCAACACUCUACAACGGACCACUCCCACAACAGACACGAGCCCAUCGAAACUACCAUUCUACUACCCACGCGUACAGGAGAGAACUAACGAAAUAUGUGACAAGAAACCAUACUCAAUGAACAUACCAGACACGUCUAUAUUCUCAGCUAACUACGACGUAGAUUCAUACUUAAGAAAGAACUUAAACUUCAAUAAAAAGUACGACGAAAUCUCAGAGAAACACGAUCAUAACAAGCUUAUCGAAAAGGCUUUAGUUCACCAUCCAGAAGAACGAGACCGUCCUGAAGUAACGCCGUCCUAUAAUAGUAUAGAAAAUAUAGAUAGUUUACCCAUACCAGUGUUGCGGCAUUCGCCUAAAAUACCCGAAAGUGUCGAUGACACGUCAAAAAUGAGUGAAGCUAUGAAGAAAGUUGAUGACAAGUGGAAAGUGCCCGCUGUACAGAAGAAUAUAUUGAAAGCUUUACCUAAUGAAGAAGGGAAAAGCGUUAAUAUUUUAACUCAACUCGGUUCCAUAAGGCGGCAAUUACAACUAGAACAGUUAAAACUAGACAAAAUGAUCACUAAUGAUGAUGUUUGA